GAAAUGGCCAAGAACCGCAAGGACCCGACCAAGAUCAAGCUCCGCCAGCCCGACCGCUCUCCGCCCACCGAAAAGACGCUGCUGGACAUUGCCCAGGAGCGAUCGCUCUUUGACCAGGCCGCCAGGCGGGAGAGGGAGCUCGCGGGAAAAUCCUCCAAAGCCGACGACGACGACGAAGAAGAUGGCAAGCUGUCGCCUGGCGCGGAGCGGUUCCUGGAUGCGCUGCUGUGGACGACGACGUUGGCCAUCCUGCACUCUACGUUUGACGUCUUGGUGAUGCAUCAGUAUGGGACGGUGAUUAAAUGGGAUAAAGUCGUUGCGAAUGCGGGCAGGGCGUGGUGCGCCUUCUUCUUCCUCUUCUACGUCCUCCACCCCCACGAAGCCAACCAGACGCUCCUCCCCGGCCUGCCGCGGCGCUUCCAGAAGCCCCUCCGCCAGCUGCUCUUCUUCGCCAUGAGCUGCGUCUCGGGCUGCGCGCUCGUCUACAUCACCAACUCGAAGGGGUACCUGUACAACAUGAAGAGGGCGCCGCCGCUGGGGUGCCUGUGGGUGUGGGCCGUGGUCGAGCUGGACUUGCUGUGGGCGGUGCCGAGCCUGCUUGUGACGGGGCUGUAUAUGUGGGUGAAUGGGUUUUCGAUCAAAUGAGG